CAACAAAAAACUGUUUCCAUUGGUCCAUUCGUAUUUUGAAAAAUUAUUAUGUCGUUAGUAUUUUAGAAUGCCAUUAGAAUACUUUAACUUUUCACUUUAGUGCCGUCAUUGUUUUUUGUUGCUUACCAGCUUUUACACUCUAAAUGCAUUAUUAAUUUAUUUCAUCGUCUGAAAAAUCUACUUUGUUGUACGUUUUGCAUUUUCUACUUGUUUUGAACUAAUUGUGUCCUCCGUCGACUGUUUUUAUUGUAUUUCUAGUGACCAUAUUCAAUUCUUUCGUUUGUGUAAUGAAAUACGCAUAAUAUACAGAAAGUUGAAGCAUAGAAAAUGAGUUCUAAAAAGAAAACCACUUUGGAAAUACAAUUAAAACAUGAAGAUGUAUUUUGUAUUGCAUGCAGAUGCAUCUAUAUACAACCAGUAACAAUGCCAUGUAAGCACACACUUUGCUUGGAGUGUUUCAAGAAUAUGGUAAACAUAACAGCCUAUCAGUGUCCAUUAUGUCGUAAACGUAUUAGUAAUUGGCUUCGUAAGUAUAAACAUGAUUGGAACUCAAUGGUUAAUGAAAGCUUAUGGGAAGCUGUGCAACAACAGUAUUCAAUAGAAGUACAGAAAAAGUUAAAUGGUGAAGAAGAUGGACUUGAUAAAAUUAUUUCUUGUCAAGGCUUCACCCGUGUUUUUAACCAUGGAGAAGUAAAACAAGAAUUCGACAGUUUUUUGUUGAAGUUUGAUCAAGAACAACAGGAAGUAGAACUACAGAGUUUGAAUGUUGCUACAGAAUUACAAAAAAAAGAAGAAGAAGCACAACAGACUCUAACAAUGUUGAAUAAUGAAUUAACGCAAAAUGAUGAAAGACUUGCAGUGUCUAUUCAAAAAAAGUUUGAGGAAGAAUUUCAACAACAAUAUCAUUUAAAUUAUGAAUCAGAUUUGCUCAUGGCUCAACAAUUACAAAAUCAGAUAUUGCCUAAAAUUUCUUCUAAACAAAUCCCAUCAAAAAAAGGGCCUCUAGAUAAAAUGUUAAUUAGAAUGGGUGUCCAGGUACAAUGCGAUAACAUAGAAAAUAAUAAUUUGACUAAUAAUCUUCAAUCUUCAACAACUUCAUUUGCAUCUCUUGAUGAUGUAUCUUUAAGUACAUCAACUUCAUUAUCGACUACAGAUACAUCUUCAGGUAUUUGUUCAGAUUUAUCUGUAACGUCUACUAUUAGUUCAUCUGAAAUAUUUAACAAAGAAAAUUCAGAUACUUGUACUUGUGGACGUUUACAAGAUAAUUUUAAUAGUAGCAUACCACCAUGUAAAUUCUGUACUGCUCAAAUAAUAUUCUUAGAUAAUUUGACUAACCAAAAAAAUGACUUUCUAAUGGCCAAAGAAUUAGAGAAAAAAUUGAAUUCUGAAAAUUUUGAUGAGUAUAAUUUAAGAAAAAGACCAAGCUCAACUCUAUCUAGUGGAUGCAAAAAAAUCAGGAAAUUGUCUAAAGGACAAAGGACAUUACAGCAACUCUUACAAGAAAAUGGUAGAAAGAAAUGAUUAUAUCCAUAUUUAACAUAUUUUUUCUACCAUAUAUAAAUUUUAUCUAUUUUUUUAAUCUAUAAUUUUCUGAUUGAAUUUAUGAAGAAUAUCUUAAAACAUUAAUU